ACAGAGGUGGAGAAUGACGGGGAGAAAGCCUCGGAACCUCCAGAAAAAAUCAAGGAAUAACUUUGAGUUCCAAGACAUUCUUCUCGACGACCUCCCGGACGAGCUGCCGCCAUACCAAACGCACCAACAUGAGAUCGUGGAAGAAUCCGGUUCGAAGCUGACCUUCCGAGCACCAUAUCGUCUCAGCCCCACGGAGCUAGCCGACAGGUUGAAGCAGAUGGAGUAUCUCCUCGCCAAAGGACUUAUCCGACCAUCCACUUCGCCAUACGGUGCCCAAGUACUCUUCACACCGAAACCGGACGGAAGCCUACGCAUGUGCAUUGAUUACCGAGCUCUCAACAAGCAGACCAUAAAAAACAAAUACCCGAUUCCAAGAAUCGAUGACCUGCUUGACCACCUUCGGGGAGCUACGUUUUUUUCCAAACUAGAUCUGCGGUCCAGAUACUGGCAGAUACAGAUGGCAGACAAUUCCAUCCACAAAACUGCCUUCCGAACUUGGUAUGGGUCGUACGAGUAUCUGGUAAUGUCGUUCGGACUCACCAACGCACCGGCAACAUUCCAAGCAGAAAUGAACCACAUACUACGACCACUCUUGGACGAAUGCGUGGUGGUGUACCUGGACGACAUCCUCAUUUUCUCGCACGACAUGCAACAGCACAUCCAACACCUGCGACGCGUCUUCGACAUUCUUCGACGAGAACGGUUCUAUGUCAAAUUAUCCAAGAGCGAGUUCGCCCUCGAGAGUUCACGCUUUGCUAACUAUUACAACUUGUUCGUGCCACAGUACGCGAAAAUUGCAACACCACUCACGAAGCUGCGGAAUAAGAACACGCCUUAUAAGUGGGAACCACAAUAUCAGGAAGCCGUGGAGCAGCUGAAACAAGCACUCACGUACGCGCCUGUACUCAUCUUGCCAGACCCCGAACGCGACUACGUCAUCGAAGCUGACGCUAACGACCAGGCAGUGGGAGAAGUCGUGAUGCAAGACCAAGGGAAUGGACUGCAACCAAUCACCUACACAACCAACCCUUUCCAGGCGCGGAUGAAGAGCCGCAAGCAGAAAAAGGCAGGACUGUUACAACCUCUUCCUAUCCCAGAACAGCCAUGGCAAGUGGUUAGCCUGGAUCUCAUCACCGGGUUACCAGCCACCACUAGUGGUCAUGAUGCAAUCCUCGUCGUCAUCGACAAAUUCUCCAAAACGGGACACUUCAUCCCGACACACACGACAGCACAACUAUUUGUUCGCUACAUCAUCUCCCAACAUGGCAUUCCAACCACACUCAUCUCCGACCGAGACCCCAAGUUCACAAGCAAGUUCUGGAAGGAACUAAUGUCUCUGCUCGGGACCAAACUCGCCAUGUCAUCCGCCUACCCUCCGCAGACAGAUGGACAGACCGAGCGCCUCAUCCAAAUUGCGGGUCAACUCCUCCGCGCCGCAUGCAAAGAUGAAAUCUCUAAAUGGGACUUGCAUCUGCCCGUCCUGGAGUUUGCCUACAACAACGCCACUCAUGCCGCUACUGACAGAUGCCAUUCUUCCUCUGCUACGGAUGCCACCCGCUCACGCCACAAAAACCGACAGCAUCAGCUACACCCUAUCGCGACCCUAACACGUUCUUCACCGGACGCCAACCGCCGCCGCCGCCACCCGUCCUCGUCCACGAUGAACCCGAGUACGAGGUCAAGUCUGUGCUCACACACCGCCGUCUUCGGAAUGGCACCGUGGAGCUUCUCCUCCAUUGGAAAGGGCAUGAUCCUUCUGAGGACACUUGGGUUCCUGAAUCCGAGAUGGGUAACGCUCGUCGUCCUCUUCGCGAAUACCUU